AACAACACCUGGGGAACCCUGUGAGAGGGAACACAGAUGUCCUUUGGCGUCCCUUUUCCUCACAGUUUCGCUCUGACUUUUUGGUUUUGCUUUUCACAAUCCCAUCCUCUGUGUGUGUGUGUGUGUGUGUGUGUGUGUGUGUGUUUUCUUCUGUUUUCCCUCACAAAACUCCCUCAGUCUCUUCUCAGAGUCUUCCUCUGGAACAAAAUGGACGCCGUCUCGCCAACCAUGAUGCGUGUGUCAAAAAUACAAAGCUUACAAAGCGCUGAGGCAAAAACAUGUAUUCAAAGAAGGGCACAGGACCAGGAGAAAAAGAUGAAAUACUAGGGCAUUUUAUUGACAAGAUAACUUAUAUCCUGCCAUUCUGCUUAUAUCAAUAUAUGAUAUAAAUACGUGUUAUUUAUGUUGAAUGAAUGAAUGAAUGAAGCAGCUAAAGAAGGUUAAAAAAAUGUUUUUAAAACCCAAGCCAAACGCACUCAGAAACAAAGUGUUUGUUUACUUCCUGAGGGACAAGCUCUGGGUGUCCAGAGUUUCCAAACAAUGUCAGUGGUUCUGGUAAACUCCAUUCAGAAAUAUCCCGAUUCUACGGAGGACUGACAAAUAACCAAGCAACUUCAUGGUUGGUGUCUUGGUUAUCAACCCUGGAGGGAGGAAGAGCAUUUGUGGGGUAACAAUGACAACAUUUGUGGGGCUGCAUUCUGACAUAGAUUUAAAGGAGCUAGCCGCAUUGAACACACCAGGACUUACUUCUGAGUAAACAUGCAUGGGAUUGUACCGUUGAAAAGGAACAAUUACGACCCAUUUUAAUGGUGCUCACACACAAUUUCUCUGGGCCCACUGCAAAACUGGAGAAUGGACCCACUUUUCUCUUGCUGGCACUUUAUAAGGCCUUGCCUGUUGCAAAACCAGAGGUCUGCGAGAGCAUGGAUAUCCGCAUCUACGUCUCCCAGCUCCGGAGACUGGAGAACUGCACCAUCAUCGAGGGCAACCUGCAGAUCCUACUGAUGUUCUCCACCACCAGCGAGGACUUCCGGGGCCUCAGUUUCCCCCGCCUCGUCAUGAUCACGGAGUAUCUGCUACUCUUCCGGGUCUACGGGCUGGAGAGCUUGCGGGACCUCUUCCCCAACCUCGCGGUCAUCCGAGGGGCCGGCCUCUUCUUCAGCUUCGCCCUGGUCAUCUUUGAAAUGCCGCACCUGCGGGACAUCGGCCUGCACAGCCUGACCAACAUCUUGAAUGGCUCCGUGCGCAUUGAGCGCAACCAGGAGCUCUGCCACAUCUCCACCAUUGACUGGAGUCUGCUGCAACCGCACUCCGUGGAGCAGAACAUCAUCUUGCACAACAAACCCGUGGAGGAGUGUGCAGAGGUGUGCCCAGGCAUUCUGGAUGUGGGGAAGCCCUGCACCCAGACCAGUAUCAAAGGGCGGAUGGAGUACCGCUGUUGGACUUCCAGCAACUGCCAAAAAGUCUGCUCGUGCAAAGACGCCGUUGCUGCCUGCACCGGCGCCGGGGAGUGCUGUCACCACGAGUGCCUGGGGAGCUGCAGCCGUCCCAGGGACAACCGGGCCUGCGUGGCCUGCCGCCACUUCUACUUCAACGGGCACUGCCUGAGCUCUUGCCCAUACCUCACCUACGAGUACGAAGGGUGGCGCUGUGUGACGGCUGAGCACUGCGCCAGCCUGCGGAAGGUGUCGGAGAACCCCCGCGAUGCCUCCAAGUUUGUCAUCCACCAGAAGCAGUGCCUGUCGGAGUGCCCGUCGGGUUACAAGAGAAAUGAGAGCAGCAUCAUCUGCCACAAGUGUGAGGGUCUCUGCCCGAAGGAGUGCAAAGUGGGCACCAAGACCAUUGACUCCACCCGGGCGGCCAAGGACCUGGCGGGCUGCACCUUCGUCGAGGGCAACCUGAUCCUCAACAUCCGCCGGGGUGACAACCUGGCCUCGGAGCUCCAAGGCAGCCUCGGCCUCAUCGAGACCAUCACGGGCUUCCUGAAGAUCAAGCACUCCUUCGCCCUCAUCUCUCUGUCCUUCUUCAAGAACCUCAAGCUGAUCCGGGGGGACUCCAUGGUGGACGGGAAUUACACGCUCUACGUCCUGGACAACCAGAACCUGCAGCAGCUCUGGGACUGGAGCCAUCACACCCUCUUCAUCCCCGUGGGCAAGAUGUAUUUUGCCUUCAACCCCAGGCUCUGUCUUUCCGAGAUUUACAGCAUGGAAGAGAUCACGGGCACCAAGGGGAGGCAGAACAAGGCGGAGAUCAACCCCCGGACAAACGGCGACAGAGCAUCCUGUAAGACUCAAACCCUGCGCUUUGUGUCCAACAUCACCGAGUCUGAUCGCAUCCUCCUAAAGUGGGAACGAUAUCAGCCUCCAGAGUAUCGGGAUCUCCUCAGCUUCAUUAUCUACUACAAGGAAUCACCCUUCCAGAAUGUGACUGAGUACGUUGGCCAGGACGCCUGUGGGGCCAACAGCUGGAACGUGGUGGACGUGGAGCUUCCACUCAGCAACGACCAGGAGCCAGGGGUGACUCUGCAGAACCUCAAGCCCUGGACGCAGUACGCCAUCUUUGUGCGAGCCAUCAACCUUACCACCGCCGAGGAAGGGCGCAACUAUGGGGCACAGAGCGAAGUGGUUUAUAUCCGCACCACGCCGGCAGCUCCGACCGUGCCGCGGGAUGUCAUCUCCAUGUCCAACUCCUCCUCCCACCUGAUUGUGCGGUGGAAGCCACCCACCCAGCCCAACGGCAACAUCACCUACUACCUGGUCUUGUGGCAGCAGCUGGCCGAGGACUCUGAGCUGUUCGUCAAUGACUACUGCCACAAAGGCCUCCGGCUGCCCACCAGCAGUGCAGACACCCGCUUUGACACCGACGACAGCAAAGGGCGCGAGGAUGCAGAGGAUGAACAGUGCUGCCCGUGCCAAAGCCCCGUGGGCCAAACCCACUGGGGGGCUGAGACGGUCUCUUUCCAGAAGAAGUUUGAGAACUUCCUGCGCAACGCCAUCACCAUUCCCAGGCCCCCUUGGAAAGUGACCUCUGUGAACAAGAUCUCUUACAGGAUCCCCAAAAGACGCAGAGACACCUUUGCAAUGACCAUUGCUGAACACAUCUCCGCCAGCACAUCUUUCCCAGAGGCCCUGGGGAACGCAGCAAGCCCGAAUCGCACAGGGGCCGACGCCAAAGCCCAGCCAGAUUUCCGUGUGUUUGAAGACAAAGUCGUGCGGGACCGGACCGUCAUUUCGAACCUGCGCCAUUUCACAGAGUACCGCAUUGACAUCCAUGCCUGCAACCAUGCCGCACAGACAGUGGGCUGCAGUGCCGCGACCUUUGUCUUUGCCAGGACCAUGCCAGGGCCUCAGGCAGACAACAUUCCUGGCAACAUGACCUGGGAGCCAGCCAGCAAGAACAGCGUCCUCCUCCGGUGGGAGGAGCCCAAGAACCCCAAUGGCCUGAUCCUGAAAUAUGAGAUCAAGUACAGCCGGGAGAGCGAGGAAGUCAUCACGGUCGUGUGCGUCUCCCGCCAUCGCUACUUCCAAUACGGCGGCUACCACCUUGCUCUUCUCCAGCCGGGAAAUUACUCCGCCAGGGUCCGAGCCACUUCGCUGGCAGGGAAUGGGUCCUGGACUGGAUACAUGAAAUUCUACAUCCUUGGGCCAGUAGAGGAAGAGGAACCCGGGAACGUCUAUGUGCUCCUGACGCUGAUGCCAGUCCUCUUGAUGGUGGGGGUCACCUGCCUGGCUGUCUUUGUUUUCGUAUACAAGAAAAGGAGCACCGAGGGGUACCCCAGUGGCACGCUCUAUGCCUCCGUCAACCCCGAAUACUUAAGCGCCUCCAACAUGUACGUCUCGGAUGAGUGGGAGGUGCCACGGGAGAAGAUCACGGUGCUGCGAGAGCUGGGCCAGGGCUCCUUCGGGAUGGUCUACGAAGGCAUCGCCAAGGACAUCGAGCAGGAGGGCGAAGAGACCAAGGUAGCCCUGAAGACGGUGAACGAGCUGGCCACCACGAGGGAGCAGAUCGAGUUCUUGAACGAGGCCUCCGUCAUGAAGGCGUUCCGGUGCCACCACGUGGUCCGUCUCCUCGGUGUGGUCUCCCAGGGCCAGCCUGCCUUGGUCAUUAUGGAACUGAUGACGAGGGGCGAUUUGAAGAGCUACCUCCGUUCUCUCCGGCCAGAAGCAGAGAACAACCCAGGCCUGCCUCCCCCGUCGCUGAAGGCCAUGAUCCAGAUGGCGGGAGAGAUUGCCGACGGGAUGGCUUACCUGAACGCCAAGAAGUUUGUCCACCGGGAUCUGGCAGCCCGCAACUGCAUGGUGUCCGAGGACUUCACGGUGAAAAUUGGAGAUUUUGGCAUGACCAGAGACAUCUAUGAGACGGACUACUACCGCAAGGGGGGGAAGGGCCUGCUGCCCGUCCGCUGGAUGUCCCCAGAAGCCCUGAAGGACGGGAUCUUCAACACUCAUUCAGACAUCUGGUCCUUCGGAGUGGUGCUGUGGGAGGUGGCGACGCUGGCCGAGCAGCCCUACCAGGGCAUGUCCAACGAGCAGGUGCUGCACUUUGUGAUGGACAACGGGCUGCUGGAGAAGCCGGAGAACUGCCCCGAGAAACUGCAUGAACUGAUGACGGGGUGCUGGCAGCAGAACCCCCGCCUCCGGCCCUCCUUCACCCAGAUCCUGGAGAGCAUCAAGGAGGAGAUGAGCCCCGCCUUCCGCACCUUCUCCUUCUUCUACAGCGCCGAGAACAAACGCCGCAGCUCCUGGGAGGCUUCGGACACGGAGGAGGGGGCGGAGGACCAGCUGCUGGAGGAGGAGGAGGAGGAGCCGCCCUCGGCCCCGCCCCCUGGCCCCACCCCCAAUGGCCGCUUCCGGCUGGGCCUGGCCAGAGAGCAGAGCCAGCAGCCUCGAGACUGGUGCCACUCCAACGGCAAGCCCUGCCUCUGAGGGUGGCCGGCGGGAAGGACUGCCCCCCGGCCCUCCCGAGACCGUCUCCCCGGCGGCCGACAGCGCUGCUGCCCCCCGGAAAAGCAAGACGAUCGGACUCUGAGGGGACCGGCAGUCAUUCCCGGCCAGGACCCUGGCCUUGGAGCCAGACCAGCAGCAGCGAGCAAGUCUCUGUCACCAGGAGUGUGCCUUCGUGUCCUCACAGCGGGGGCACAGCGCAACACUCCCCCUGCCCCGCGUGAAUUGAAAUCCAGAGGGCCAGUUGGUGUGUCCCCCCCACCUGCUCUAGUUGCCACGAAUGGACCUGCAGGGUCAAGGUGCCGGCAGCUGCUCCCUGCUGGAUCUGGCUGCCGCCUGCCUCCCGAAAGGCAAACGCCUGCCCAUGGCGUGUGGUCAGAGACCUUCUCCCCAGCGCCAGUGCAGGGCUGCCGGUGGCCUCCUUUUGCUGAAGCAACCAAACUCUCAACUUGGCAGGCGUUUCGCCGGGCAGGCAAAGGGCGCGUUCACUUUCCUCUGGGAAACAGGCACUGGGGAGUCCCCCCAAAGACAGCACGGGGGCAAGAGGCCUCUGGGGCAGCCCCCUGCGCCCUUCAGGCCAGGCCGAAUCCACUGCUUGCUUCCAGCGCGGGAGAAAGGCACAGCCCCUGCUCGGGGAAUGCCAGCCAGCCAGACUCCAGUGCACUGAAGGCCCCCCCGGCUUCUUCAGAAAGCAGGGCCCUCUAGGCCAGGGACCCCAGGCUGUGGGUUGCAGGGCGGCGGGGGGGGGCCGAGGCCUCCCAGCUCGCCAAAGUGGACGUGUGGGCAGGGGAUUUCCGGCUGGGUGAUGGGCAGGCCUGCCGCCUCAUUUUCUGGCCAAGGCUUGUGGUCUUCUAGUCGAGUGCUGCACACAGCCAAAUGGCGUCCCCGCCUGCAGGCCUGGAGUCCAGAGGGGAUCUCUCCAGCCCGCUGCCCUUCUGUCCUUCCUUUCCCACUCCAAGCCCCUUCCACAGACUUACAGCUGAACCGACAGCCUCAGUGCAAAACUUUAUU